AUGUCCCCGUCUGUCUGUGAAUCAAGGUUGACGCCCUUGUGGCGUCGCGCGAAUCGGGAGGAGCUGUACCAUAAUAGUGAACGCAUUGAAAAACCCAUCCCACCUGUUGGGACUGCUCAUUCUUGCGAACGACCCACAUUCGCGGAUCAUCAGGAAUCCCGUUCGCUUCAAGUCUACUCUGAUGUGGGCUCAUCUACUCCGUCAGUUGGUGAAGUUUCUCGGUCUUCGGGUUCCGUAUCUGAUUCGGCGGAUAGCACUUCUUCAGAGUACGCACCCAAAGUGACUGAUCCGCUUCUUCGAAAGCGGGAAAUUGAGGCGCGGCUACGUGAAAUCGAUUCAACCGAACGCCAGCUGCGUAUAGAAGACCACUCUGGACAAAUGGAUCGCGUCCUGUACCGUCGUGAUGGAACACGUCAUUCCGUGAUUCGUUCUCGCCGAAGUCCAUCGGACUCCCCGGAUUUCGAAGCUCGUCUACAUCGAAUUCGAGCGAAUCACCGAAGCUCACGAUACUAA